AAGAUCAAAUAAGUGUGUUGGUGAAGCACAAGGUUAAGGAAAUAUGGCAGUUGGCCACGUGGCAGUAGAUCUCCACAGGAAGCACGGGGCGGGGCGGGAUCCUCAGCUGAUGAGUCAACUUCCCCCCCCCACCUUUGCAUAAAAGCGCCCGCGGAUUCUGAGAUUGUGACAGGACGCUGUGCCUGCAGAGCGAGACUGUUGGAAUCCUGUCAGCCCUGGAGUGCGCAGCUGGCCACACUCAGGACACAGGUCGGAUGGAGCUGACUCCCUACUUGCCUCACUUGCUGGCCGUUCUGCUGUUGCGGGCCGUGUUUCAGUCGCUAGGGGCCUAUGCUCAUUCUCUUUGCCAUCACUUCACUGUCAACACCACAGCCCGACCUGGCCAACCAGUGUGUGAUGUCCAAGGUCUUAUAGAUGGGAACAUCUUUCUAACCAGUGACUGUGAUAAAACCAAAUGUAUUAUUCUCCCUGGGAAUGAAACACAUAUCCCUGACAAUGAAGAAAAAGAAAUGAAGGAAACAUUGAAAGAUGUGGCAGACACCCUCAUAAAGCAGCUGUCUGAGAUGAACCUGGCAGAUUACACAAGCAGGGAUGCCCUCAGCCUGCAGGCAAAGAUGUGCUGUGAGCGUGAUGCCACUGGCCGCAAAAAUGGUUCCUGGCUGUUAAGCAUUGGUGGACAGAAAUGUCUCCUCCUCGAGACGGAUCAUAAAAGAUGGAAAAAACUUCAUUCUAGAGCCAGAUGGCUGAAGACAUGGGAGAGUGACAGGCACAUGAUGGAGUUUUUCUGCAAAGUGUCAAUGGGAGAUUGUCAGAGCUGGCUUGAGAACUUCUUGCUGAACAGGAAGGAAAUGCUGGAGACCACAGAAUCACGCUCUUCCUGUUUUGCCUGCACUCUGUCUUGGAUCCUGCAGAACCAAUCUAGACUGCUGUGACCCAUCUCACCCACCACCUGGUCCCUCUUCUCGUCUUGGACAGCAAGAGUAUCAUCUAUCUGGACAACCUGGCUCCCCUAUCUGGAGGAUCAUUCCCUGGGCACCACCGGCCAUGACCAUAGAAGCAUCACGCUCUGAAGCGACAGUCCUCAGGCCCAGGCUCUCGACCCUCCUGCUCCUCAUUGGCUUAGUUCUGCUUUGGCCUGUAAGUGAACCCUUGAAGCACAACUGGUAUUGAGGGCAGCAUUGUGAGGGAAGUGGGAGGCAGAUGGGUGAGGUAGGAGAAUGGGAAAGUGAAUUCCCCAAGUCCAUUCCCACCCUCUGGGCUGUCCCUUUUUAUACUGG